UCAUAUGGCCAGGAAUCACAGGGGAUGCGUUAUGAAGAGCGAUGGGGAGGAGGACAAGCAGCUCAGAGUGGUCACUCUGAAGAAGUGACUGCGUGAUUAGCUACACUACGUGUAUAGCUCCACGGCAUCACAGGUGGGAGUCCCUGAUUUGGAGUUCCCAUGCACCUUGCAGGCUUACUUAUUUGCAGUUCCGAGAAGAAACUGGAUGCUGGACUGUAGAAGCCAUACCUGAAUCUUGUAUAAACUAGAGCCAUCCUGAGCCCCAGGCUGAUAAUGACUGUCAAUACUUUCUCGAAGCAGCGCAGGUAGUCAGUAUCUUGGUGAUUCUACCCAUUUACCCUGCCUUAUUUAGGCAGCCAUGUUGGGCUCAGAGUGGUAUGUUCCAUAUCAGAGUAUGUUUCUGUGUUUUGAAAAUUACCAAUUUGAGCUUGAUUGGUCUAGCCCUUAUUUUACUAGGAUAAGUUUUAAUCUCAGUAGGUGAGUUGUGAGUUGAUUCUUAAGAGGCUAAUGAGCAUUGUUUAAUAGGAGAACUCAAAAGCAAGGAAGUACAGUGUGAUCAACAAAAUGCAGGCCACAUCAUUUCCCUCCUGUUGUAUGGGUGUUGUCAGACUGCAGAGCAUCCUCUUCUCACUUUGCCUAUUCUUUUGGGGUAUGAGAGUAAAUAUUGAGAGGAGCAGUGGUCCAAAAGCAUGAGGAUGAGUUACAGGCAGGUUACUUGUAGAAAGUUAAUUUUGCAAAAUAGUCUCCUCCAGCAAAGAAUUAGGUGAUUUUUGCUUUCCCCCUUCUUGGGUCCUGGCUUGAUUCUUUUAUGUAGCAGACUCCAAUGACUGCUGUCCCUGGCCUCUCCUCCAAGUCCAGAAAUCCAGUGGCCUCACCAUUAUCAGUGUUUUCCAUGGGGAUCAGUGUCCUGUACCUUUUAUCCAUCCCACCUCCAGAGAGACACGUAAGAAUUACUGCAGGGAGGGACUUUUUAAAUUCCGAACCAGACUUUCAUGGAAACCCUAAAAUCUAUAGAUAAUAAUUUUAACAGUGCUGCUGAAGUGAUUUUUGCACAUUACCAGCUGUGUAUGAGCUUUACUUUUUUUCAGCCUUCUGUAGAUUUUUCUACAGCUUCUACUUCCAGAGUUUGAGAGGACACAGAGUCUAUGCUGAUACAUCACCUGUCAUAUUAUCACUCUGGAAAACAAUGCUAAAUUAAAUAUUAUAGACCACAUACACUCCCAAAAGAAAAUCUGUCUGGUUGUAGCAAGACUUUUCUACCAUUUAAAAUGCUUUUCUUUUAAAAAUACUGUUCUGAGGAAAUUUUAGAUAAAGCUAUGGUUGGAAUAUCUUUUAAGAUUCAUCACUGUUAUGAUAUAAAGCCUUUGGGUAGACUGUGGGUCAUUAUUCUUUUGUAUCCUGCUUUCCUCAGAGAUACUAUGUCAGGAAGGCUCCCUUGGGUUUGUGUUACCUUAGGCAGCCAUGACCCAGGCCAGGAUGGUCCCACUGGUGGCCUAUGAGAUGAUUCUGUUGGUAUUUUCCUUUCCUCGGAGAAGAGCUGCCACCAAGUUCACACAGAAGUAGGGAGGCAGCUGGAGACAUGCCGGCUUCUGGGGGUGGGUCUGAUGUUAAAACUGAAUCACCAUUUAUUCGCUUUGGCCUGUAAAAGGAUCCCAAAACAGAUGCCUGGGGCUUCUGUAUCUGAAAAGCAAUAGACUUCUCUGAGGCAUUCCCCAGCUCCCAACUUUGGUGUCUCUUUUUGUGAAGGACAGAGUAAAUGUAUAGAUAACCAAGACUGGGACAAUUAAAAAUGCAGCACAUCAAUGGGGGUAUGAAGCUUGUGUCCUAAAGGAACCAGUCUAACUUUUUCAAAGGUGUGUAGGAGAGUUCAAGCUAUGUUGUAAUUGGCCUAAGAACCCUCUUACGCAACCAGAAGGUGCAGAAAUCUGUUGCUUUGGGUCUUUAUUAUAAUUUGUUGUAAAAGAUCAAGUUCUGGAUGCAGCAGUGCCUUUGACAAUCUCUGUUGAAAACUCUUGGAGGACUGUCACAGGUAUCUGAUGGCAGUGAGCAAUAGUCAGUCGUAAACAAAGCUUUUCAGGAUGGUAAGCUUUUUGUCCCUGAAAUUAAGAAGUUGGUGCAUAUUUGCAGCAAAUGUGUGACAGAGCUGACCUUUUGUCCACAGAAACAGUCCAUAUCGCCAGCUGAGGUCCUCAAAAGAGAGACAACACUGGAAAGAGCGGCCACCUUUAUAUUUUCCUGUCUUCUGCUGUCUUUUCAUAAGAUUUUCCACUCAAAUCCUACAUUUUUUACUAAGUGGAGUGUGUGCAACCACUACUGAAAUUUAAUUAGGUAGUUUAAGAAAUUAUACAAAGUCACUGAUAUUAUAGUAGCUACUUUGAAGUAGUUCUGGGUUGAGAAAGACACAAGUUGGAAAAUGGAAGUGGGGGUACGGUCGUCUUAAAAUCUUUUCUUUGCAGAAGCAGCGUGAUCCAGGAGGUGCUGCAAACCCUGUGAAAAGGGAUGCUGAAUUUUGUGCCUGCCGAAGUAUCAGGCACAUUGUUGCAAGUAUCAUACUGCGCAUGUGUACAUGUUUUAAGGCAUGCUAUUGUUCCUAAAGCUACUAUCGUAGCUGAGGCUGCCACCUCCCAGGCUAGCCCACCACCCCCAGUACUUGUAGUAAGGGGAUGGUCAGAAAGAGGAAAGAGACAACCGAGACAUCCCUGUGGCUGCAGCCAUUGUCUCUCCCUGGGGUAUUUCUAAGCUGCUGGCGGUCGGGGUGCCAGUUGGCUCGCCGUGACCUUGGGAGCUGGGGAGCCUGACGAGCAUUCCUGGGGGCCACGUGAGCCAGACUGGCAGGCGCAGCUGCAGCCAAUGGGGAGACCAGCGCUGGCUGCUCAGAUUGAGUUUCACUCCCGUCGCUUGAGAUUUUUCUCUUUCUCUCCCUGUUGUGCUUUUCCUCUUUGUUUAUGGGAUUGGACAAGCGAAUGCAUGGAUGGAGUCCUAGCGAGCAAGACGUUUGCCUAGCGGAUUUUGGGAUUCUACCUUCAGUGCUGAGCAACCCCUUCUUGCCAUUGCCACAACUCCAGCCCCCUGACACAGCUGGGCUUGUAUGGCUCCAAGCCUUCUGAGCACACAACCCGCCUUCCUCUAUUAAUGGGCAUUUUAUGCUGUGUUCUCUUCAGUGCGCUUCCUUUUUGCUGCCCUUAGAGGUUAGUGUAUGAGGCUUUUUAAUGCAUGGGAGAUGGGUCAGGACCAGACAAAGCAACAGAUAGAGAAAGGACUCCAUCUUUACCAGUCUAAUCAGACCGAAAAGGCGCUGCGAGUCUGGAUGAGGGUUUUGGAGAAGUCUGCGGAUCCUGCUGGCAGGUUUCGGGUUUUGGGUUGCCUCAUCACUGCUCAUGCAGAGAUGGGCAGAUACAAAGAUAUGCUGAAGUUUGCAGUAGUACAGAUUGACACAGCACGGGAGCUGGAAGACCCAGAUUACCUUACAGAGAGCUACCUAAACCUGGCUCGCAGCAAUGAGAAACUUUGUGAAUUCCAGAAAACAAUCUCGUACUGUAAGACGUGCCUGAACAUGCAGGGUACGACUGUGAGCCUGCAGCUGAACGGCCAGGUGAGCCUCAGCAUGGGCAAUGCCUUCCUGGGCCUCAGCAUUUUCCAGAAGGCUUUGGAGUGCUUUGAGAAAGCCUUACGCUACGCACACAACAACGAUGACAAGAUGCUGGAGUGUCGAGUCUGCUGCAGCCUCGGGAACUUCUACGCCCAGAUAAAGGACUACGAGAAAGCCUUAUUCUUCCCAUGUAAAGCAGCUGAGCUGGUGAAUGAUUAUGGAAAGGGCUGGAGCUUGAAGUACCGUGCAAUGAGCCAGUAUCAUAUGGCAGUGGCCUAUCGGAAGCUGGGGCGCUUGGCAGAUGCCAUGGACUGCUGUGAGGAGUCCAUGAAGAUUGCACUGCAGCACGGUGACCGGCCUCUGCAAGCGCUGUGUUUGCUGUGCUUUGCAGAUAUCCAUCGGAGUCGCAAAGACGUGCAGACAGCCUUUCCUCGGUAUGAUUCCUCCAUGAGCAUCAUGACAGAGAUUGGAAACCGCCUGGGCCUGAUCCAGGUGCUGCUAGGAAUGACUAAGUGCUGGAUGAUGCGGAAGGAGCUGGACAAGGCUCUGGAAAGCAUUGAAAAGGCACAGGAGCUGGCAGAGGGACUAGGGAACAAGCUUGGCCUGCUGAAGCUCCACUGCCUGUGUGAAAGGAUCUAUCGCACAAAGGGGCAGCAGCAAGAAUUGCGUGACCAUGUUGUGAAGUUCCAUGAAUGCGUGGAGGAGAUGGAGCUGUACUGUGGCAUGUGUGGAGAGUCCAUCGGGGAGAAGAACAACCAGCUCCAGGCGCUGCCUUGCUCCCACUUCUUCCACUUAAAGUCUUCGUCCUACUUACCUGUGCCCUGCAGGAUCCCAUUGCAGUGCUGAGAAUCUCACGACCUUGAAGGGUGAGACAUAGCCAUCAUAUCCAUCCCACUCCCCUCCUCUUAAGUGGUUGUUCACCGCUGCCCUCGCUUCAUGCUUAGCGCACUUUACAGAUUUUCACUUAAUGCCUCUUGGGGAAUCAGUUCUUCACUCCCAGGGACAGUUUGGAUUUUUCCCGUGACUCCCCCCACUUUCUCUCUUGUCUAGAGCUGCACUGAGGUGAAGAAGGUGUUGUCAGUUAUUGGGCGACUGCUGUGAACGAAGUUAGCUGUACCAUCAUUUUAUUUCUAGAAGAAACAUGACCGUGACCAAACACUUA